AUGCUGGAUCGAAUGGCCACCAAGAUUAAAGCCUCCCGUUCACUGAAGGUCUCGCCCUCCCAAGUCCAAUUCACAGUCUCUGCUGCUCAUUGCGAGGACCCCUUCGCCCGUGACGGUGAUAUUUCUGCGCCAUUCGGAUCACCGCCGGCCCUGGUAAUCCGAGCAAAUUCAGACUAUCAAUCCAAACAGGCCGGCCAGCUAUCCUUCCGAGUUGGCGAGUUCUUUCACGUGUCAGAUGUCUUUACAGACAUCGAGGGCAUCGCCUGGUUCCAAGCCGAAAACCCAUUGAAAUCUGUACAGGGCAUUGUCCCAGCGACCUAUUUCCAAAAGUACGCCCCUAGCAGGCCAAGCAAUCUACACCCGAUAGAAAAAGGCCCUAACCACCGGGGGAAGUCACAACUUCUCCAAGUCUUUUCUAAAGGGAAAGCCCCUAUUCCUUUGACUCUACCAGCUGCACCCCUGAGGGACCUAGGCUCAGCUAGCUCUGAGUCUUCUCGAACUGCUGAGCGAAAGCCCACUAAUGUCAGGUAUCAGUCACUUUUUGGAACGAUGAAGUACACAUUUGUAGCUGAGCGACCAGAUGAACUGAGUGCCCGCUACGGAGAACCCGUUAUUAUUAUUGCUCAUAGCGCUCAAGAGUGGUUCGUGGUGAAACCUAUCGGUCGUUUGGGUGGACCCGGCUUCAUACCAGUGUCGUAUAUCGAACUCCAAGAGAUCCGAACCUGUCGGGUACUUUCGUCUGAACAAGGUCGAGAUUUGAUUCGUGGAUCAGUCAUUCCCACUGUAGAGGAAUGGAAGGCACGCGUGGCCCAAUACAAGGCUUGCAGCAUCAUCCUUGGUGCGAUCGGAACAGGGAACUCGCCGAUCCUCAGUACCUCUCCGCAAGAACUAACCAGCCCUCUUGGUCCACAUCGGAUCAUGGAAAAUUUUACCGCGGCAUUGGAUGAACAAGGCUCAGGACAGCACACUACGGCUCAGGAUGACCCAGAUCCACGCGUAAUAGAUUGGCGAGAACGGCAGGCAACGUUUAUUCAAUGCGCUCAAGAUGAUGGUGGCCUCUCGCUCGUGGAAGAGGACGAUGAAGAGGAUCUCACGUCUCAGGCCCGCGUCAGGAAGCGAUACGGAAUCCUGGAGAAAAUCAACGUGACAUCAUUUCACCGUGAGCAGGGCCAGUUCUGGUACCAGGUUCACGCUCACUUCCAAAGCACCGACGUCGGCCGAAGGCGGCAAGCUUUGGUCCUUUAUCGACUGGAAACUCACAUAGAGGCGCUUGAAAUUGACCUCGAGUCCGAGUUUCCAAGUACGAAUCAGACCCUACCCAAACUAACCCCUUCACCACCUCCAGCCGAUGAAAUGGCUUGCGCCCGUCGCAUGGAGCAAUUGAGAGAUUACUUUGACGAUAUUUCCGCAUCGUCCGAGUCGCUUCGCACUUCUGAGGCUCUGUGCGAAUUUCUGAACUUCAGACAGGGCGAUAUGGAGUUGGACGAUUCUGAGGGAGAAUCUGAGAGACUAUUGAUCAAACCGACUUCGUCCCCCUCGCAGCUCAAGCCGCCUGUCCUACAGCUUCCACCUGAAGCCACCGAUCCGUUUUCAACCACUGAGACUUUGCGUCAAGCCCUUAUGAACUCGCAAAAGAUUGAAUUGAGCGACGAUGUUCGCAGCUGGAUGACCAGUUGCGAAGCCGCCAGCCCCAACGGGUUCGAUUUCUCCGUUGAAGAACCGAGCUAUUCAACUCGGCCUUCAUCAAUUAGCCGUAGUCCUUCUCCAUCCCUGAUCACAAAAUCACAUGAUUCUUCCUCUAAGCCCCAUGCGUCGGAUUAUCCUACCUCCUCUCACGAUUCUACGAUCGGAACGUAG